AUGCGGAGCCCGGCGGCCCGCGCCCCACUUCCAACACCGCUGCCGCCGCUGCUGCUACUGCUGCUGCUGCCGCCACUACUGGGAGACCAAGUGGGGCCCUGUCGCUCCCUGGGGCCCGGCGGACGCGGCUCCUCGGGGGCCUGCGCUCCCGUGGGCUGGCUCUGUCCAGCUUCAUCCUCGAACCUCUGGCUCUACACCAGCCGCUGCAGGGAUGCGGGGACGGAACUGACUGGCCACCUGGUGCCUCACCAUGAUGGUCUGAGGGUCUGGUGUCCAGAAUCCGGGGCGCACAUCCCCCUGCCACCAGCGCCCGAAGGCUGCCCCUGGAGCUGUCGUCUUCUGGGCAUAGGAGGCCACCUUUCCCCACAGGGCAAGCUCACCCUGCCCCAUGAGCACCUGUGCUUAAAGGCCCCACGGCUGAGAUGCCUGUCCUGUAAGCUGGUGCAGGCCCCAGGUUUCAGGGCAGGGGACAGCUUAGCCGAAGAGUCCAUGGGUGGGCGUCGGAAGAGGAACGUGAAUACGGCCCCCCAGUUUCAGCCCCCCAGCUACCAGGCCACAGUGCCAGAGAACCAACCCGCAGGUACUCCUGUGGCAUCUCUGCGGGCCAUCGAUCCAGAUGAGGGCGAGGCAGGUCGACUGGAGUACACUAUGGAUGCCCUCUUCGAUAGCCGCUCCAACCACUUCUUCUCCCUGGACCCGAUCACUGGCGCAGUCACCACAGCCGAGGAGCUGGAUCGUGAGACCAAGAGCACGCACGUCUUCAGGGUCACGGCGCAGGACCACGGCAUGCCCCGACGCAGUGCCCUGGCCACGCUCACCAUCUUGGUGACCGACACCAAUGACCACGACCCUGUGUUUGAGCAGCAGGAGUACAAGGAGAGCCUCAGGGAAAACCUGGAAGUCGGCUAUGAAGUGCUUACAGUCAGAGCCACAGAUGGUGACGCCCCUCCCAAUGCCAAUAUUCUCUACCGCCUGCUGGAGGGGUCUGGGGGCAGCCCCUCUGAAGUCUUUGAGAUUGACCCUCGCUCUGGGGUCAUCCGAACCCGAGGCCCUGUGGAUCGGGAAGAGGUGGAAUCCUACCAACUGACGGUGGAAGCGAGUGACCAGGGUCGGGACCCCAGUCCACGGACUGCCACAGCUGCCGUUUUCCUGUCGGUGGAGGAUGAUAACGACAAUGCCCCCCAGUUUAGUGAGAAGCGCUAUGUGGUCCAGGUGCGGGAGGAUGUGACCCCAGGAGCCCCGGUCCUCCGGGUCACAGCCUCGGAUAGAGACAAGGGCAGCAAUGCUCUGGUGCACUACAGCAUCAUGAGUGGCAACGCUCGGGGACAGUUUUACUUAGAUGCCCAGACUGGGGCUCUGGACGUGGUGAGCCCUCUUGACUAUGAGACAACCAAGGAAUACACUCUACGGGUUAGGGCACAGGACGGUGGCCGCCCCCCUCUCUCCAACGUCUCCGGCUUGGUGACAGUGCAGGUCUUGGAUAUCAAUGACAAUGCUCCCAUCUUCGUCAGCACCCCCUUCCAGGCUACUGUUCUGGAGAGUGUCCCCUUAGGCUACCUGGUCCUCCAUGUCCAGGCCAUUGAUGCUGAUGCGGGUGACAAUGCCCGCCUGGAAUACCGUCUUGCAGGGGUUGGACACGACUUUCCCUUCACCAUCAACAAUGGCACAGGCUGGAUCUCUGUGGCAGCUGAGCUGGACCGGGAAGAAGUUGAUUUCUACAGCUUUGGAGUAGAAGCCCGCGACCAUGGUACCCCAGCACUCACUGCCUCCGCCAGUGUCAGCGUGACCAUCCUGGAUGUCAACGACAACAACCCAACCUUCACCCAACCAGAGUACACGGUUCGGCUCAAUGAGGAUGCAGCUGUGGGCACCAGCGUGGUGACAGUGUCAGCUGUGGACCGAGAUGCCCACAGCGUUAUCACUUACCAGAUCACCAGCGGCAACACCCGAAACCGCUUCUCCAUCACCAGUCAGAGCGGUGGCGGGCUGGUGUCCCUCGCCCUGCCGCUGGACUACAAACUUGAGCGGCAGUAUGUGCUGGCUGUUACUGCCUCUGACGGCACGAGGCAGGACACGGCACAGGUGGUGGUGAACGUCACUGACGCCAACACCCACCGCCCUGUCUUUCAGAGCUCCCACUACACGGUGAAUAUUAACGAGGACCGGCCAGCAGGCACCACAGUGGUGCUCAUCAGUGCCACAGAUGAGGACACGGGUGAGAAUGCCCGCAUCACCUACUUCAUGGAGGACAGCAUCCCCCAGUUCCGCAUCGAUGCAGACACAGGGGCCGUCACCACCCAGGCUGAGCUGGACUAUGAGGACCAGGUGUCCUACACCCUGGCCAUCACUGCCCGGGACAAUGGCAUUCCCCAGAAGUCCGACACCACCUACCUAGAGAUCCUGGUGAAUGACGUGAAUGACAAUGCCCCUCAGUUUCUGCGGGACUCCUACCAGGGCAGUGUCUAUGAGGACGUGCCCCCCUUCACCAGCGUCCUGCAGAUCUCAGCCACUGAUCGUGACUCUGGUCUUAACGGCAGGGUCUUCUACACCUUCCAAGGGGGCGAUGAUGGAGACGGGGACUUUAUCGUAGAGUCCACAUCAGGCAUCGUGCGAACACUGCGGAGGCUGGAUCGUGAGAAUGUGGCCCAGUACGUCUUGCGGGCGUACGCGGUGGACAAGGGGAUGCCUCCAGCCCGCACGCCCAUGGACGUGACAGUCACAGUGUUGGAUGUAAAUGACAACCCACCUGUUUUUGAGCAGGAUGAGUUUGAUGUGUUUGUGGAAGAGAACAGCCCCAUUGGGCUGGCGGUGGCCCGGGUCACAGCCACUGACCCUGAUGAAGGCACCAAUGCCCAGAUCAUGUACCAGAUCGUGGAGGGCAACAUCCCUGAGGUCUUCCAGCUGGACAUCUUCUCCGGAGAGCUGACCGCUCUGGUGGACUUGGACUACGAGGACCGGCCUGAAUAUGUCCUGGUCGUCCAGGCCACGUCGGCUCCUCUGGUGAGCCGAGCCACAGUGCACGUCCGCCUACUUGACCGCAACGACAACCCACCAGCGCUGGGCAACUUCGAGAUCCUUUUCAACAACUACGUCACCAACCGAUCAAGCAGCUUCCCCGGGGGUGCCAUUGGCCGAGUGCCUGCCCACGACCCUGACAUCUCAGACAGCCUGACCUACAGCUUCGAGCGGGGGAAUGAGCUCAGCCUGGUCCUCCUCAACGCAUCCACGGGCGAGCUGAGGCUGAGUCGGGCGCUGGACAACAACCGACCUCUGGAGGCUGUCAUGAGCGUGCUGGUGUCAGACGGCGUGCACAGCGUGACGGCCCAGUGCUCCCUGCGCGUCACCAUCAUCACGGACGAGAUGCUCACGCACAGCAUCACGCUGCGCCUGGAAGACAUGUCGCCCGAGCGCUUCCUGUCGCCCCUCCUGGGUCUCUUCAUCCAGGCUGUGGCCGCCACGCUGGCCACACCCCCAGACCACGUGGUGAUCUUCAACGUGCAGCGGGACACCGAUGCCCCCGGCAGCCACAUCCUCAACGUGAGCCUGUCGGUGGGCCAGCCGCCGGGGCCUGGGGGCGGGCCACCCUUCUUGCCCUCCGAGGACCUGCAGGAGCGCCUGUAUCUCAACCGCAGCCUGCUCACGGCCAUCUCGGCACAGCGCGUGCUGCCCUUCGACGACAACAUCUGCCUGCGUGAGCCCUGCGAGAACUACAUGCGCUGCGUCUCCGUGCUGCGCUUUGACUCCUCCGCGCCCUUCAUCGCCUCCUCCUCCGUGCUCUUCCGGCCCAUCCACCCGGUGGGGGGACUGCGCUGCCGCUGCCCGCCUGGCUUCACCGGGGACUACUGCGAGACCGAGGUGGACCUCUGCUACUCACGGCCCUGCGGCCCCCACGGACGCUGCCGCAGCCGCGAGGGCGGCUACACCUGCCUUUGCCGUGAGGGCUACACCGGUGAGCACUGCGAAGUGAGUGCCCGCUCAGGCCGCUGCACCCCAGGCGUCUGCAAGAACGGGGGCACCUGUGUCAACCUGCUGGUGGGCGGCUUCAAGUGCGACUGCCCAUCCGGAGACUUCGAGAAGCCCUUCUGCCAGGUGACCACGCGCAGCUUCCCUGCCCGCUCCUUCAUCACCUUCCGGGGCCUGCGCCAGCGCUUCCACUUCACCCUGGCCCUCUCGUUUGCCACCAAGGAGCGUGACGGGCUGCUGCUCUACAACGGGCGCUUCAACGAGAAGCAUGACUUCGUGGCCCUCGAGGUGAUCCAGGAGCAGGUCCAGCUCACCUUCUCUGCAGGGGAGUCGACCACCACCGUGUCCCCGUUCGUGCCUGGAGGGGUCAGUGACGGCCAGUGGCACAGGGUGCAGCUGAAGUAUUACAAUAAGCCACUCUUGGGUCAGACGGGGCUCCCGCAGGGCCCAUCCGAGCAGAAGGUGGCUGUGGUGACCGUGGAUGGCUGUGACACAGGGGUAGCCCUGCGCUUUGGAGCUAUGCUGGGCAACUACUCCUGCGCCGCCCAGGGCACUCAGGGUGGCAGCAAAAAGUCUCUGGACCUGACAGGGCCCCUGCUGCUGGGCGGGGUGCCUGAUCUGCCCGAGAGCUUCCCCGUCCGCACCCGGCACUUCGUGGGCUGCAUGAGGGACCUGCAGGUGGACAGCCGCCACGUUGACAUGGCCGACUUCAUCGCCAACAAUGGCACCAUGCCUGGGUGCCCUGCCAAGAAGAACGUGUGUGACAGCAACACGUGCCACAACGGGGGCACCUGUGUGAACCAGUGGGAUGCGUUCAGCUGCGAGUGCCCGCUGGGCUUCGGGGGCAAGAGCUGUGCCCAGGAGAUGGCCAACCCGCAGCGCUUCCUGGGCAGCAGCCUGCUGGCCUGGCAUGGGCUUUCACUGCCCAUCUCGCAGCCCUGGCACCUCAGCCUCAUGUUCCGCACACGCCAGGCCGACGGCGUCCUGCUCCAGGCUGUCACCAGGGGGCGCAGCACCAUCACUCUGCAGCUUCGGGAGGGCCACGUGGUGCUGAGCGUGGAGGGCACAGGGCUCCAGGCCUCGUCUCUCCAGUUGGAGCCAGGCCGGGCCAAUGAUGGCGACUGGCAUCAUGCACAGCUGGCACUGGGAGCCAGUGGAGGCCCUGGCCAUGCCAUCCUGUCCUUCGACUAUGGGCAGCAGCGGGCAGAGGGCAACCUGGGCCCCCGGCUGCAUGGGCUACACCUGAGCAACAUUACCGUCGGGGGUGUUCCAGGGCCGGCCAGUGGUGUGGCCCGAGGCUUCCGGGGCUGUUUGCAGGGUGUCCGGGUCAGCGAGACGCCGGAGGGCGUCAGCAGUCUGGAUCCCAGCCGUGGGGAGAGCAUCAAUGUGGAGCCAGGCUGCAGCCUGCCAGACCCCUGUGACUCGAACCCAUGUCCUGCCAACAGCUACUGCAGUGACGACUGGGACAGCUAUUCCUGCAGCUGUGAUCCGGGUUACUAUGGUGACAACUGCACUAACGUGUGUGACCUGAACCCAUGCGAGCAUCAGUCCAUGUGUACCCGAAAGCCCAGUGCUCCCCAUGGCUAUACCUGCGAGUGUCCCCCCAGCUACCUUGGGCCAUACUGUGAGACCAGGAUUGACCAGCCUUGUCCCCGAGGCUGGUGGGGACACCCCACAUGCGGCCCGUGCAACUGCGAUGUCAGCAAAGGCUUCGAUCCAGACUGCAACAAGACAAGCGGAGAGUGCCACUGCAAGGAGAACCACUACCGGCCCCCUGGCAGCCCCGCCUGCCUCCUGUGCGACUGCUACCCCACGGGCUCUCUGUCCCGAGUCUGUGACCCUGAGGAGGGCCAGUGUCCAUGCAAGCCAGGCGUCAUUGGCCGCCAGUGUGAUCGCUGUGACAACCCCUUUGCCGAGGUCACCACCAACGGCUGUGAAGUGAACUACGACAGCUGCCCGAGGGCCAUCGAGGCUGGGAUCUGGUGGCCCCGCACCCGCUUUGGGCUGCCUGCUGCUGCCCCCUGUCCCAAAGGCUCCUUCGGGACUGCUGUGCGCCACUGUGACGAGCACAGAGGGUGGCUUCCCCCAAACCUCUUCAACUGCACGUCGGUCACCUUCUCAGAGCUGAAGGGAUUUGCUGAGCGGCUACAGAGAAACGAGUCAGGCCUGGACUCAGGGCGCUCCCAGCGGCUGGCCCUACUCCUGCGCAACGCUACCCAACACACGGCUGGCUACUUUGGCAGCGACGUCAAGGUGGCCUACCAGCUGGCCACGCGGCUGCUGGCCCACGAGAGCGCCCAGCGAGGCUUUGGGCUGUCCGCCACACAGGACGUGCACUUCACCGAGAAUCUGCUGCGCGUGGGCAGCGCCCUACUGGAUGCGGCCAACAAGCGGCACUGGGAGCUGAUCCAGCAGACGGAGGGCGGCACCGCCUGGCUGCUGCAGCACUAUGAGGCCUAUGCCAGCGCCCUGGCCCAGAACAUGCGGCACACCUACCUGAGCCCCUUCACCAUCGUCACGCCCAACAUCGUCAUCUCUGUCGUUCGCUUGGACAAGGGGAACUUCGCUGGGGCCAAGCUGCCCCGCUAUGAGGCGCUGCGGGGGGAGCGGCCCCCAGACCUGGAGACUACGGUCAUUCUGCCUGAGUCUGUCUUCAGAGGUCAGUGGGGGCCGAGGGGUGGGUCGGGGGGCCAGGCUGGGGUGUCUGUGAAGGACCCAGCUGAGGAGACAGUGUACCCGAUCCCAGAAUCGCCCCCUGUGGUCAGACCCGCGGGCCCCGGAGAGCCCCAGGAGCCGGAGGAGCUGGCUCGGCGGCAGCGGCGGCACCCGGAGCUGAGCCAGGGUGAGGCGGUGGCCAGUGUCAUCAUCUACCGCACCCUGGCCGGGCUGCUGCCCCAUAACUACGACCCAGACAAGCGCAGCCUGAGAGUUCCCAAACGCCCCGUCAUCAACACACCGGUGGUGAGCAUCAGCGUCCAUGACGAUGAGGAGCUCCUGCCCCGUGCUUUGGACAAGCCAGUCACGGUGCAGUUCCGGCUGCUGGAGACCGAGGAGCGCACCAAACCCAUCUGUGUCUUCUGGAACCACUCGAUCCUGGUCAGUGGCACUGGCGGCUGGUCAGCCCGAGGCUGCGAAGUCGUCUUCCGCAACGAGAGCCACGUCAGCUGCCAGUGCAACCACAUGACGAGCUUCGCCGUGCUCAUGGACGUGUCUCGGCGUGAGAAUGGGGAGAUCCUGCCACUGAAGACGCUGACAUACGUGGCCCUCGGGGUCACCCUGGCCGCCCUCCUGCUCACUUUCCUCUUCCUUGCUGUCCUGCGCGCCCUGCGCUCCAACCAGCACGGCAUCCGACGGAACUUGACGGCUGCCCUUGGCCUGGCUCAGCUGGUCUUCCUCCUGGGAAUCAACCAGGCUGACCUCCCUUUUGCCUGCACAGUCAUUGCCAUCCUGCUGCACUUCCUGUAUCUCUGCACCUUCUCCUGGGCCCUGCUGGAGGCCUUGCACCUGUACCGGGCGCUCACCGAGGUGCGCGACGUCAAUGCCGGCCCCAUGCGAUUCUACUACAUGCUGGGCUGGGGCGUGCCCGCCUUCAUCACAGGUCUAGCCGUGGGCCUGGACCCGGAGGGCUAUGGGAACCCCGACUUCUGCUGGCUGUCCAUCUACGACACACUCAUAUGGAGUUUCACCGGCCCCGUGGCCUUUGCGGUCUCAAUGAGUGUCUUCCUGUACAUCCUGGCGGCCCGGGCCUCCUGUGCUGCCCAGCGGCAGGGCUUUGAGAAGAAGGGCCCUGUCUCGGGCCUGCGGCCCUCCUUCGCUGUCCUGCUGCUGCUGAGUGCCACGUGGCUGCUGGCACUGCUGUCCGUCAACAGUGACACCCUCCUCUUCCACUACCUCUUCGCUGCUUCCAAUUGUGUCCAGGGCCCCUUCAUCUUCCUCUCCUACGUGGUGCUUAGCAAGGAGGUCCGGAAAGCACUCAAGUUCGCCUGCAGCCGCAAGCCCAGCCCUGACCCUGCGCUGACCACCAAGUCUACCCUGACAUCGUCCUACAACUGCCCCAGCCCCUAUGGGGACGGAAGGCUGUACCAGCCCUACGGAGACUCAGCCGGCUCCCUGCACAGUGCCAGCCGCUCGGGCAAGAGUCAGCCUAGCUACAUCCCCUUCCUGCUGAGGGAGGAGUCCACACUGAACCCUGGCCAAGGGCCCCCUGGCCUGGGGGACCCCAGUGGCCUGUUCCUGGAAGGUCAAAACCAGCAGCAUGAUCCAGACACAGACUCCGACAGUGACCUGUCCCUGGAGGAUGACCAGAGCGGCUCCUAUGCAUCUACCCACUCAUCAGACAGCGAGGAAGAGGAAGAGGAAGAGGAGAGGGAGGCAGCCUUCCCUGGAGACCCGGGCUGGGACAGCCUGCUGGGGCCUGGGGCCGAGAGACUGCCCCUGCACAGCACCCCCAAGGAGGGAGGCCUGGGGCCCGGGAAGGUCCCCUGGCCAGGAGACUUUGGGACCACAGCAAAGGAAGGUGGUGGCAACGGGGCCUCUGAGGAGCGACCACGAGAGAAUGGAGAUGCCCUGCCUUGGGAGGGGUCCCUGGGCCCCCUUCCAGGCCCUUCUGCCCAGCCUCACAAAGGUAUCCUCAAGAAGAAGUGUCUGCCCACCAUCAGUGAGAAGAGCAGCCUCCUCCGGCUACCCCCCGAGCAAGGCGCCACGUCUCCCCGGGGCUCCUCAGCCAGCGAGGGCAGCCGGGGUGGGCUGCCUCCCCGCCCUCCGCCCCGGCAGAGCCUCCAGGAGCAGCUGAACGGGGCCAUGCCCAUUGCCAUGAGCAUCAAGGCGGGCACGGUGGAUGAGGACUCCUCAGGCUCCGAAUUUCUCUUCUUUAACUUCCUGCAUUAA